CCGAAGUGAUUCCAACGGCGUAUCUCGGUCGGUGAGGGGACGGAUCGGCAGUUGGGCCGCCCAUCACGGAUCGAAGCCAUACUCACACUGAUGGGUGUUGAGCGAGACAUGCGACACACGACAAAGCGCAACGAUGGGUGCGCCGGCGGGCGAAAUGGCCAAGCCCUCUAUCGUCGGUCUGAAUCAUGCGUCUUUCAAUCUCCACACAUUCCCGCUCUCCCGCUGUAGUGAUAAUGAGUACGGCAUCCUUCCUCAUGCUGUACACGGCAUAUACACAAGCGAAACUUCCGUCUGCGACAUCCUUCCUCGAGGAGCCAUCCCCGUCUCAUACCUUGGCGAGAAAAAAAUCUCGGCGGAAUCACAUAGCAGUCCCGCGCUUGGGAACAGACCUGCAUGGCUGGGGAUCUGCGAUGGGCCCCUUCUCAGCAGAGCACCUGCAUAUUAAUCAUUCGAGGCGUGGAGGGAGACAAUGGGGGUUUCAUGCGGCUUCUCAUUGGCCGAACGGAGCAAUUGCAUGCUGGCCACCUUGCCGAAGCUCUUUGGCCGUGGCGCAUGUGUGGUUCUGGAUCUGGUGCUGCACCCGAAAUCUGGUCAUCAAUCGUUCCCUACGCACAUCCAUCGGACAGGGUUGCGGAAUCAAGCUUGGAGAUGAAGAUACGUGCUUACCGCCAAGUUCAGAUGUCACGCAAUCUUGGUAUCGCGCUUCUCUACCACUGAAAGGGCACAAUCGAUGGGAUUCCAGGCGUGUAUAAGAUACACUCCGGCGACCAGGUUACGAACCCGUAGGAACAUAGUCCGACUUCCAUUAACCUUGGAACGCGUGCUUGUGUCAAUCAUUUCCUAUGUUGAUCUGGAGCGAGCUACGAACGCACAGCAUCUCUAGUUCCCUUCUCUAGUAAAUUCGAGAGACAUGGCUGGAAGUGCUAGCGGGUGAUAUGUCUAUACGUGUGUACCUAUGCUAUACACUUCGGAGACUACCUAGGUAGAUAUUCGGUCCCAAGCACAGGAG